CCACUGCUAAAAUAAACUGGAUGAGGUCAGCACCGGAGGCAUCCCGGGACGAUGUUUUAUAGAGACUGUUCCCUCUCUGCAGCGGAGUGUCACAGUGGAGCGUGGAUGCAUCCCAGCUCCAGUACGGGAUCAACCCCACAACCAUCAAGAGGAACACCAACUCCAACUCCAGCACCUGACAGACAGACAGACAGGAGACAUAUAGAACAAAAACAAGGUCAAAAGGAAUGAUGAUGAUGAUGCAGUCCAGACCAAAUGAUGUGACUAAACAGAGGAUGUUGCAGACAAAGACUCUGUCUAAAGAAGUCAAAGGAGGAGGUCUGAACCUGGGGAAGAAGAUCAGUGUUCCAAAGGACGUGAUGAUGGAGGAGCUGAAUCUCCCCUCCAAUCGAGGCUCUCGCAUGUUUCAAGAGAGACAAAAGAGAGUGGAGAGGUUCACCAUGGAGAACACUGCCAAUGGUGCUUACAACACCAAUAAUGUCCAUCUCCAGGCCAUUCCUCCCCAGCAAAUCCUCCCAGAUCCACAAGGAGGACAAGAAAACCAGGCGUUCUCCAUCCCUGGUAAGCACAGCCUGGUCAUGAACCUACAGAAGACUGUAGCAAAGAGAGGGAGUCCUGACGUCAUCGCUCCAGGCUAUUCUGGCCCUUUGAAGGAAAUUCCUCGUGAGAAGUUCAACACAACAGUAAUCCCCAAAUCCUACUGCUCCCCGUGGAGCGAAGCUUUGGGAACCAAUGAGGAGCUCCUGAACGCCCUGAAUACCCAUCUGCCCCAGCUUCCACAAAGUCUACAGCCUGCCAACUACAGGAGCUUCAACAGAACCCCCAAGCCGUUUGGGGGCACUAUGGCCAGCAAGAGGGUGGUACCAUUGAUGGAAAUUGAAGCGCUGGAGUGCAAGAACCAGCCCGGCAUCGCUCUGGACCGCAUGUGCCGUCGACCCAACUUUAACAGAGCACCCAGGGGAUGGGGAGGCUAUUACAGCCCUGAAUCUAAUGAGCUAUAAAAGGACUCAUGAGCAAAAGACUGUAAAGGCACUGACCUGUGCUUGUGCAUGUUUAACAGUGGGCACUGCAAUGGUGAUGGGUGAGACUGCUGAGUGGACUGCUAUACUGCUAAACAAAUGUGCUACUGCUGAGUGGAUUGACCAGCGGAGGCAAUCUCUGGAUGCUGGAAUCAGUUAAUUACCACAGUGGAAAUCAGGGCAUUAGUCCGACCUAUUUUCAUUCUUCACUCAAACCCAAUCUCUCAAUACCAGGACUCCCCUCUUCUCACACAGGCUUCACAGCUUACUCUCCACUACCAAAACAACAAACACGACACAUGUGAAUAAUGAUGAAUUAUAUGCAUGAUCAAUGACAAGAUUGAGUCAUUUUAAUGACAAGUGAAAACAACAUACAAAGAAAGCCUUACAAUAACAAGCCUUUAUGUUGUGGAAUAUUAAGAUUCUUUCAAAUAAAAAAUAAAAAGUCAAUGUAACCAAAAAUGAAUAGGUUUAAAAAUGUUCCUCAGAAUCCAACUCCAUCUAACAGCUAAUCACCAUGGCGAGAGCCAUGUGCAGCAUGGGCACCCAUGCGCUGAGGAUCCUGGGAGGGGUAGUGGAUUUGACCAGGGGGUCUCAUGCUCAUUGGAGGGGGCAUGGGUGGACCCAUGGGACCCAUGUGGUGAAACAUUGGAGGGCCAAAACCUGAAGGAGCAGAUGAAAAGGAAAAACACCAUUAAGCAUCUACCUUUUUUCAAUGUGCUUAAAUCUUUUUUUGCAAACAUUCAACAUGUAAAAACAAAAGAUCAGGAUUACCAAAUGUAAUACCUGUAUACAACUAAUGGGAUUAUUUGCAAAUAGCAGUUUCAUAUUGUAUUUUAUUAUAUAGAUGAAAUAAGAUGCAUCUGUGAGAACAGGGUUGUCAUUUUACCUGGGGGAGGCGGGUUGAUGCCUGGAGGUGGGGGCAGAGCGAUGUUCAUGACAGCGGGAGAUGUGCUCGGGUCCAGGUUGAAGUAAUUUGCAGGAGCCUCUUCAUCCAAAGCUGGUGGUGGAGGAAGAGCUACAGCACAGACAGAAAAUACAGAGAAAUGAGUAUAGACAAACAUUAAAAUAUAUAUUUCAACAGCCA